GUGAAUUCAUCCUCCACCCUUUUCCAUUAAUGCGUCCGAGAGGCUCCUCUCUAGAGCCGUGCACAAACGCCCACAAAUCUUCUUCCUCUCUGUCUCUUCCACCUGCUCUCUGCAGGCUCUUCUUCCGGCGGACGCAAAGCACACCGUGCAUGCAUGCAUGAAGGACGGCGUGUGAUCGCAGAUCGAGAGCCAGCUGCAUGCAUGCAUGCGCUCGUCGUGAGUUUAUCAAAGCUACAUCGUCGCGAUCAUGGAAAAACAGGGAAGCAGCCACCAGCUGGACACCUUCGCUCAACUGGACGGCGGGGCGGCGCCGGAGGAGCCGAUGGGAGGCGGCGGAGCGGGGGCCGAGAUGGUGGACUACAUGCUGGGCCAGACGACGCCGCUGCCUCCGGGAGGGCCGCACGGCCAGGUGUCCUUGGACAAGCUCAGCUUCUCCGACGUGCUGCAGUUCGCCGACUUCGGCCCCAGGCUCGCGCUCAACCAGCCGUCUGCCGACCACGACGACGCCCGUGACGACGACGAGGAGGACAGCUACUUCUUCAGGUUCCAGUCCCAGCUCUCCGGCUCGGACGAGCCUGAUCCCCGCGGACGCGCAGGUAUCCACCACGCGGCCGAGCAGGAAGGCAGCAAGACGCCCGACGGGUCAGGAGGCCCCCACGAUCACGGCGGCGGCGUCUCGGAGAGUACCACGCUGGUGCAGCAGUCCGACGGCGGCGGCAGGGUCGGCCAGAAGGCUGGCGGGGAGCAGGUGAAGACCGGGCGGCGGAAGCGGCCCCGGUCGACGAAGACCAGCGAGGAGGUGGAGAGCCAGCGGAUGACGCACAUCGCCGUCGAGCGCAACCGGCGGCGACAGAUGAACGAUUACCUCAGGGUCCUCAGGUCCCUCAUGCCGGGAUCCUACGUCCAGAGGGGAGACCAAGCAUCAAUCAUAGGCGGAGCCAUAGAGUUCAUACGUGAGCUAGAGCAGCUAAUCCAGUGCCUCGAGUCACAGAAGCGGCGCCGCCUGUACGGCGACACGCCACGGCCGGUCGCUGACGCGUCCGCCCCGGUGGUGCCGGCGACAUCCAUCCACGAGCCGCCACCGCAAGGGCACGAAGCUCCGCCGUUCUACGUCUCCCCGAGCCUCUCGUUCCCUGGGGCGGCGAACGGUGACGGUGCCGCCGCUGCCAAGGUGAUGAUCGACCUCGACACGUGCAGCGGCGGCGGGCUCCGGGAGGAGGUGGCGGAGAACAAGUCGAGCCUGGCGGACAUCGAGGUGCGCGUGCUGGGCGAGGACGCGGUGAUCAAGGUCUUGUCUCGCCGCCGGCCGGAGCAGCUGAUCAAGACCAUCGCCGUGCUGGAGGAGAUGCACAUGUCCAUCCUCCACACCAACAUCACCACCAUCGAGCAGACCGUCCUCUACUCCUUCAACGUCAAGAUCACGAGCGAGCCAAGAUUCACGGCUGAGGAGAUCGUCGGCGCCGUCCACCAGAUCCUCAGCUUCAUCGACGUCAACUACACGUUAUGAUCGAGCGCUUUACUCAAGAUUGAGCUUCUGCUGAUGAUCUCGACUCGAUUAUUUUCAAAUUCUAUACGUACAUUGUGAGCUUAAUGAUAUUUUUCUCCCUCGAGUACUUGUGCUUAAUUGUAUGACGAUACAACAUAUGUAAACUGAUUAGAUGUAUAAUGAAUGACUCCAAUUAAUGGGGUUGUCUAUAUGUAAGCUAUCUGAAUUUUCAAAUAUCUCAUCAAUCUUUUUAGUA